AUUUAUCUGCAUAUGUUAUAUGCGUUGCAAGUUCUUUGUAAAAUUUAGUGUGUAAGAAACGGAGAAAAUAUGUAAAGUGGUACAAGAGCAGUCAAUCAAAUAUUGGGAAUGCCAAACAAUUGAAAUAUUUUUUUGCACGCCUUUCGAAUAUAUUAGAGUUAACAAUGUCAGAGCAGGAUGGAAAUGAUAAUUUGGUGCCACUCACACCCAUCGAAAAAUCGGAGGAUUUGUGUCUUCACACUGGAAAUUCACAAAUUGAAGAAAAUAAACCAGAAGCUCUCGAUUAUAGUCAUAUUGAAUCAGAAGAAUUCGGCUUGGAUGAGUUAAAGGAUGCUACGAAUGUUCCCUCAAAAAAUAUUACAAUCAACACGAUUGAAAUAUAUUCAUCGCCAAUGGAAAAAGCUAACAAACGUCUUCUGGAUAAUGCCAAAUGCAGUGAUUUUUCCAAAAGCGCAAACAAUACAAGUAUGCCAAACGAAAUCUCAAAAUCGUCUUUAGCCCAAUCCAGUUUUGUAUACAAACCGUUCGAUAAUACUCUGCAUGGCAUGACGGAUUUCGAACAUUCCAUCGAUUCUGAAAGAAACGAAAGCUCGGAAGCAACAGAUCCUGCUCUGUCAUUUGAGAAACAAAAAGACGCUGUUGAAGUUCCAACAAACAACAGUACAAUCACUGCGAUUAAAGGCCAAUCGCUUAGCAAUAAAAAAUCGAUCAAAGCCCUCGACUGUUCCCAACUUGAUGACCAGGAUGGUGCGCUAGGUGAAGAAGCCGAUCCCAUUGACAUGUUUUGUUCCACAAUGAGAAACCCAGAGGAAUUGGUUUCCAUGUUUGCAGCAGAUGAGUCUGAAAUAAGCACUCAGGAUACCCUAGAAACAAUUGGUUCCCAAGAAAAAGAAAUUAAUUAUCAAGACAGUAUGAAAAACGCUAUAAGGAACCAGGAAGAAUUUAAAAAAUGCAAUGCCAAGACAACAAAUAAGGAAACACAGCUGGACAAAGAUGACAGGCUGGGUGCUCAGCCCAAUGAGUCCUCAGAUUUAAAAAAUGGCAAAGGUAUUGAUGAUUCGCUGAAAAUAGCGGACAAUGUUCCGCCAAUCCAAAAUUCCAAAAAUGAUUUAGAAGAAUCAGGGAAAGGCGUUGAUACAGGGAAACAUAUUGACACAUUGGUGAAAAACAAGACAAGCAGUCUUUUGGAGUCUAGUAAGUUAUCUGACGACAAGGCCGCAGAUGUGCAAGUUUUUAAGCACACAUUUAAUGAUACAUUGGAAUCCGGGGAGAUAUUCGAUGAUGCCUCUUUGGAGGCGCAGCAAGAUCAUAUUCGACAUGAACACAGAGCCUCAGAUCUGGAAGAUGGCGAAGUAGCUGGCGAUGAUAAUAGCCCAAGUGAUUUGCCCGAUUUUCUUAAUAAGAAGAAUCCUGAAGAACGUAUGAAAGCCAAUAAAAAGGACGAGAUCAAGAGCAAGCUAUUGGAGUCUGGUGAGUGGUCCGAAGAGAACACUUUGGAAGACGGCGAAAUAUCUGACAAAGAUGACAAUGACCCAAGAGAUCUGCCUAAAAGUGAGGAGAGCGGGAUGCCAAUCUGCCGUUUUCAUAUCCGCAACGCCUGCUCUUGGGGUAAUAAAUGUCGCUUCCGCCAUCCGGAGCAGAGCAACAAGGGUAACUAUGUGAUGUUUGAAAAGAAGUUGCUGCCAGUGGCCCCCGCUUCGAGUCUACCAGCAUGGCCUGCUCUUAUCACGACCAGUGUUGACGCCCACCAAGGAACUAAGAAUCGGAGUAGGCGACCUCGGAGCUCCGGGUUGAACGACAUGGACACCGAUCCCUACUACUCAAAAGAUCAGCCGGAGGCCUCGGAGCGUCUUGCUUUGCUGCCCACGCCGACAUUCGAUGAGCUACUGAUGUCGCAGAAGAACUACCAGAAACGGUCAGUUCGCAGCACUGCGAGGACCUCGAAGCUAAGACCGAUAGCGUGGGAAAGUCGACUGAGCAGCAGUUCGCCCUCCACGACCUGGCGGGAAUCGCACUCGGAUAGCAGCUCUCCUGAGGGCUCGCCACCCCCCCGUGCCAGGCCCAUUCGAUCCACUAUCCGGACAACGACGACGCCUUCGUUGCCCUGCAGGCACUCGCUCAAACGCCAUCGAACUGCGAGCCUUUCUAGGUCCUCUGCCUGCAAAAUUCGGGGGCCUCGCACACCGUCUCGCAGCCCGCCAAGGUGUUCCAGUAUCGUUUUUCGUCCCGAACCGAAGCGACAACGGCCUAGCAAGAGCACUAUAAGUUCAAGUGACUCCUCCGAGUCGUCUAGCUAUGAGUCCACCACCGAAAGCUUCGACGAAGUAGCGUCUUCCUCAGAGUCCGAUUCCAGAGGCACAUGCUCUAGGCGAACGGGAAUAACCAAACGAAUUGCAUUGAGAGCAUCGGUUAAAAAGUCAUCAAGAAAUUCAGAAAAACACUCUUCGCGGGCACAAACAUCUUCAUCGAAAAAUCUACUCCAAAUAUCUACUCCAAAACGACGAUCACGGUCUUCAACAUCUAAAUCUCAAAAAGAAUCGAACACACAAACUUAUUCGAAAUCUUCGACGAGCACUCCUGCUAGAAAUCCGCUAAAAGUGGUUCCCAAUGCUCCAAAAAAACACCACAGCGCAGUGGAUAAUUCCUACAGUGCAAAAAAAAAACAAUCUCGACAGGAAUACUUACUCUUGCAACUUUUACGCGUGGAGGCGCAAAUCGCCAAAAAGAAGAAGCAGCGCAUGAAAGCUCUUAAGAGAUCAUAAUCUUAAUCCUGAUUUCAAUGUCAAUAUCCUACGUCAUAUUGUUAGCUGUAAGAUAUUUUUCCUACGUUAUCUAAUAAA